GCCAAUUGAAGCUCAACUCGUCAACAGUCAUAAAUGUUAGCUGCCAGAAUGCGUUUCGUGCAAUAUUUGCGGAAAGGUGACCUCUGCAAACGCAUGGGGUUACUUGCCGAAGAUGGGAAGUCAUUGGUGGAGCUGUCGGCAGAGCUGGAGGGCGUGACAAAUGAUGUAAAAACUUUUAUUUCCCAAACUUCUAAUAUAGAAGAGAUAGCAGCAAAGGCUCAAAAUUUACCCAAGGUGCCUCUGAACGAUGACGUCACUCUGCUACCACCCCUAACAGACCCAGGUAAGAUCAUUUGCAUUGGUCUGAACUACCAGGAUCAUUGUGAUGAGCAGAAUAAGCCUGCCCCCAAGGAACCCAUGUUCUUCAGCAAAUAUAACAAUGCGCUUGUCGGGCCAAGAGAUAACGUAAUAGCCCAUGCCGCUAGUAGCAAAAUCGAUUGGGAAGUGGAGCUGGCUGUGGUUAUUGGCAAGGUAGCGCGCCAAGUGCCGCGGGAGCAAGCCAUGGAUUAUGUUUUUGGCUACUCUGUCGCCCAAGACAUCUCAGCACGGGACUGGCAGAAGGAGCGUAAUGGAGGGCAAUUCCUAUUGGGUAAAUCCAUGGAUACGUUUCUUCCGUUGGGCCCUGCAAUUGUUCAUAAAAGUCUCAUAAAGGAUGUGUACGAUUUGCCAUUGAAGACAUGGAUUAAUGGCGUGGAAAAGCAAAACGGAAACACCGGCAAUAUGAUCUACAAGAUCGACGAUGUCAUUAACAGGCUCACACAAUUCAUAACCUUGUUGCCUGGCGACAUCAUCUUAACCGGUACUCCCAAAGGUGUGGGCGUUCAUCGCAGUCCACCGGAAUUCCUAAAACCUGGCGAUGUUAUCAAGACCGAAAUAGAAGGCCUCGGCCUGUUAACCAAUAAUGUUGUGGCACCCUAAAAGCCAUUUUCAAUGAAUUGUUAAAUAAUUUUAUUCACAUAUGAAACGACCGUAGUGCAUUUAACCAAAAUAAAAAGAGUUAUACUUUAAA